AUGAAAGCUUUAUAACUCAUUAGAUAAUCAAAAUCACUGCUGAUAAAACCAAGAUUAUCAUUAUUGGCAAAUGCUUCCAGAACUCCCAUGCUCUCACUCUAAUCUAGAUCCUUUAAUACUAAUUACUAGCCAAAGACCUACCAAAAUCAAUAGUAUAAUUAACAAGCAACAGGUGGUCAGUAUUAAGACAGAUUGUCGUAUAAUGGCAAGAAGAUAUACUUGAGAGGCCUUAACAUUGUAAAGUCUGACGUGAUGCUGAACGUGUAAAUCAAACCAGCAAGUUAUCAAUAAAAGUAGGAUUCCUACUAAGUAAAUAAGAAUGGAUAUGUGGUCUUUGACUUCACCCCUGUUCAAUAACUUGGAGACAAGGCAGAGAUGAUGAAUCAGCAGAAAAAGACAAUAAUUUUGACUCUGAAAAACAUCGGAGAAAUCCUUGCUUUAGACACAAAACCAGGCUACAAUGCUGAAGUCGAUGAAGAGGGAAUCUUUGUGCAAUACUAGCCAAAGGAGAACGAGCCAGUCAAAGUUAUGAAAAUGAACAAGCUUGAAGAUGGAAAGACAUACAAAUUCAACUACUGCGAGAUAGUUAAUGAUUCUGAAGUAGUUAACAAUCUUGCCAUCAACAUCUCUACAGCCGAGCUACUUACUAUUUAAUCACUAUUAAACUUCGCAACCCCCUAUCUUUUAGGAUGGCACGCUAUUCUUAACCCUCAUGUAGUUGAUCUUCAGUGA